UGUAUGGGGAAUAUAACCAAGAUGAAAAUGCAUACAUUGUACAAAAAAUGAAAAAUGAUGUAAAAAAUAUAUAAAAUAAAAUAAAAAGAAUUAGCACAUUCCAUUGUAAUGUAGGCAAGGCUAGAACAUUAGAGACCCUUCUAAUGUCUAGUAGUAAUCAAAAGAAAAAUGAAGCAGAAGGGACCUAAUCAGCAUUCUCAACCCACUGAAACAACUGGUAAGUUGUAAGUAGCAAGACAUUUGUCACCAGUGAUGAAGUGUUGGGAGUUUUGAAGUCUUAAAAAAUUGAGUGAAUUCAAAGAUAAUCCUAUUGCAAAGUCAUUCUUGCUUAUUUUCUGACAAAUAGUUUGUGAGUGGAAGAAAGCAAGUUGGGUACUCUAGACACCCUAAUGAAACUCCCAGCCUGGGACAUGGGUUUGUUAGGAGUAAGAAAGGAGAAGAAGAUUGAAAAUUCUGAAUUCUGGUGAAGUGGACAAGAUAUGAUACACUCAUUCUCCCAAGUGGGCUCCCACAAGGAAGCUCUUCUCCCUGCUUGGUUUCUCCCAUUAAGCCUUGGGAGCAUCCCAUGACACAUCCAAACUACAACCUAUUUCCCAGGAAGCAAGGCACAGAAAGAGGUCAAAAUGGGGUUUAUACUUUCAAAAUCUAUGAAUGAGAACAUGAAAGCCCAACAGGAGUUCAUGCUUAUGAAUGCUCGACUUCAGCUGGAAAGGCAGCUAACGAUGCAGAAUGAAAUGAGAGAAAGACAAAUGGCCAUGCAGAUUGCUUGGUCUCGGGAAUUCCUCAAAUAUUUUGGAAGCUUUUAUGGCAUUGCAGUCAUCUCUUUAACAACCGGAGCAAUAAAAAAGAAGAAGCCAGUCUUCCUCUUCCCUAUUGUUCCAUUAAGCUUCAUCCUCACUUACCAGUAUGACAUGGGCUAUGGAACCAUUCUACAAAGAAUGAAAGGUGAAGCUGAGGACAUACUGGAAACAGAAAAGAGAAAGCUACAGCUACCAGGAGGAAUGAUCACAUUUGAAAGCCUUGAAGAAACCAGGAGGAAACAGAGUAAAUUCUUCAUAGAUAAAUGAAAUCAUGUUUACCCACCAAAUCUCAAAACACAGAACUGCUGACUUGAAUCAUAGUUUUUACAAUUUUUCAAAUGUUCAAGAAUUUUAUAUAAUGAAUUUUAAGAUAUUAAAGUAUGAGUUUUUAUUAAUUAUAAAAUAAAAUUUAUAACAUUUAAUAUAAAAUCAUGGAGAUACUGUUAAUAAUUUUCAAAUUUCCUGCUUAU